AUGCUCAAUGUGAUGGACAGGAAUGAGGUUUCACCGGCUUCUGAUGCCACCAUGAAAAAGAAGGAGGUGGACGGCAGUGGACGCAGCCACAUCAGCGCACCAAAGGCUGCCGCGUCAAAAUGCACAAGGAGCACCAGCAGCCAGAACUGCAUGGACUCCGGCUCUCCUGUCGCACCCAGCGCUAAGCAGAUCGGCGGGGCCAGCAACAUCGUGAUGGACGAGGCGGAGGACGGGGAAGAGGAGUCCAAGUUCCAGCAUCCGCGGUUGCGCCGAGCUGGGGGGAGCGGCAGCGGCGGAGGUGGAGGAGGAGGAGGAGGAGGAGGAGGAGGCGGCAGUAUCAGGAUGAAGAACUUUACGCCAGGAGGGGGAGCCGCGUCCUCGGGUUCCAGGAGAAACUCAAACAAGGAGCCCUGCCACACGCACACAGAGGAAGCUCCUGCCGCUCCACGGCCCACCUCUGCCUCCAGAGCUACGGCGACCCAGACACCCAUUCCGGGCGAUGCUGCCCAGCGCGGUGAGACCAGCAGAGCAUCUGGGGCGGGGGCGUCGGCGGCAGCGGUCGCGUUAGAGGUUUUGAGCGCGGCAGCAAGUGAUGGUUGCAAAAGCGUCGCUGCAAAUUCCAGCAUGAAAUGCAACAAAAACGGAGAAUGCAGGAGGGACUCGGGUACCGGGAGCCUGCGCUCAAUCAUCUCCAAGCAGGAGAGGCAGACAGGAGGGUCGGGGAGGGCCGAGGACGGAGGGAGCGCCAAACGAGGAGCCCGUAACUCGACCACCGCCAGCAUGGACGGCUCGAUCACACCAGGCGGGUCCAUGACCGGGGGGCACGGAGGAGACAGCGUCAACCCCGGCUCUACCCCAGUGUCCAGCGGUUUGCCCGAGAAAAAAGACUCCAGGGUGUCCUUCUCUAACGCACCGAGCCGGAAAGCCUCGUCCUCGCUGCACGGCCCGACUCAGACCCAGACCCAGCAGCCCAGGAACUCUGUCACUUUCCAGAAGCUGGAGGAUGGACCCCCAAUCGUGCCGGCCGAGGACUCGGAGCCUGAGGACAGCCAAGCCAGCUUCAUGCAGCGGCAGUUUAGUAGUAUGCUGCAGCCUGGAGUUAACAAAUUCUCCUUACGCUUGUAUGGUAGUCAAAAAGCAGUGGAGAGAGAGCAGGAGAGGGUAAAAUCAGCUGGAAAUUGGAUUAUCCACCCUUACAGCGAUUUCAGGUUCUACUGGGAUUUCACAAUGCUGCUGUUUAUGGGGUGCAACCUGAUCAUCAUCCCCGUCGGCAUCACCUUCUUCAAGGACGAGACCACGACGCCCUGGAUCAUCUUCAACGUGGUCUCCGACACCUUCUUCCUUAUGGACCUGGUGCUAAACUUUCGCACUGGAAUCAUCAUUGAAGACAAUUCAGACAUCAUUUUGGACCCUGAAACCAUUAAGAAAAAGUACUUAAAAACGUGGUUCAUUGUAGACUUUGUGUCCUCCAUCCCAGUGGAUUACAUAUUCCUCAUAGUGGAGAAAGGGAUCGACGCGGAGGUGUACAAGACUGCUCGGGCCCUGAGGAUCGUCCGCUUUACCAAGAUCCUAAGUCUUCUGAGGCUGUUGAGGCUCUCUAGAUUAAUACGCUACAUUCACCAAUGGGAAGAGAUCUUCCACAUGACCUAUGACCUGGCUAGUGCGGUGAUGCGGAUCUUUAACCUGAUUGGUAUGAUGCUGCUGUUGUGUCACUGGGACGGCUGCCUACAGUUCUUGGUCCCCAUGCUGCAGGACUUCCCCUCAGACUGCUGGGUGUCCCUCAACAAGAUGGAGAAUGAUACCUGGUCAGAGCUGUAUUCCUUCGCUGUGUUCAAGGCAAUGAGCCACAUGCUGUGCAUCGGUUAUGGCCGGCAGGCCCCGGAGAGUCUCUCAGAUAUCUGGCUCACCAUGCUGAGUAUGAUUGUAGGAGCUACUUGCUAUGCUGUUUUCAUUGGCCAUGCAACAGCUCUUAUCCAGUCCCUGGACUCCUCCAGGCGGCAGUACCAGGAAAAGUACAAACAAGUGGAGCAGUACAUGUCCUUCCAUAAGCUGCCGUCCGACUUCCGACAGAAAAUCCAUGACUACUACGAGCACAGAUACCAGGGCAAGAUGUUUGAUGAGGAGAGCAUUUUGGGAGAACUCAGUGAGCCCCUCAGAGAGGAAAUUGUUAACUUCAACUGUCGCAAGCUGGUGGCGACAAUGCCGCUAUUUGCCAACGCAGAGCCCUACUUUGUGACGGCCAUGUUGACCAAGCUGCGUUUUGAGGUAUUCCAGCCGCAUGAUUACAUAAUAAGGGAAGGCACCAUUGGGAAAAAGAUGUACUUCAUUCAGCACGGAGUCUGCAGCGUCAUCACCAAGGGCACCCUGGCAAUGAAACUCUCUGAUGGCUCUUACUUUGGAGAGAUCUGUUUAUUGACGAGAGGUCGGCGAACGGCCAGUGUGCGAGCAGAGACUUACUGUCGACUCUACUCACUGUCUGUGGACCACUUCAAUGAGGUGCUGGAAGAAUAUCCCAUGAUGAGACGCGCCUUUGAGACUGUUGCCAUUGACCGUCUAGACCGAAUAGGUAAAAAUAACUCCACCCUGCUGCACAAGGUUCAGCAUGAUCUCAACACUGGUGCCUUGAACAACCAGGAGAACGAGAUGAUCCAGGAGAUCAUCAAGUACGACCGUGAGAUGGUGAAGCGCGUGGACCUGCAGCGGCCGCGGGCCAUGUCCAUGACUCCCUCCAUCGGCGGUAUCUUUGCCCCCCCCAGCCAGCCUCAGUCAGGCUCUGCCAUCGCCACUCUCCAGCAGGCUGUGGCCAUGAGCUUUUGUCCUCAGAUGGCGAGUCCCCUGGUGGGUCCAUCAACUCUGCAGUCUCCUCGCAUGGUGCGGAGGUUUCACGUGAUGCAAAGCCUGGCCAGCCCAGUCGCCAUGUCCCCACUUCAAUCUCAACCCCCUCAGACGCUCGGAGGGGCGUUUGGAUCUGCCAUCUCCAGCCCGCCUGUCCAAAGCCCGCUCGCAGCUUCAGGACGGACUUUCCAGUACAUGGCGAGUGCGGGACCCUCUGGCUCCCAGUUGUCCCUGGUACAGCACCAUGCACCCAGCCCCACUCAUAUCCAGCAGAGGCCUGCCUCACACAAGAGCACCCACUCCCUUCAUGCAAGUAGCUUGAGCCAGGAUACCCGGGCCAGGUCUGCCUCCCAGCUCUCACUCCCCCAGGAGAAGACAUCACCAGCUGCCUCUGCAGUCCCCAGCCCUCCACAGUCCACCCGCACCUCUAACAACUCCAUUGGUCCUCCUCAGGCCCCUAACCCCAACCUGCCAGGGCCCUCAGGGGUAGGAAGGUCGGCAGCAGCUCAACCGAGGGUGGCGUUUGCCUCCACAGCCCCUCCUGGUGGACCUGCUGGAAUGGGGGCAGUAGCAGCAGCAGCUGCUGGAUCAGGACCUCCAGACUCUGGAGUUCCUAAGAAAGAUUCAAUUGUCAGCCUUCCAGAGCUAGACUCUGCCAGAUCCCGGCUGUCUUCCAACUUGUGACCCUGGUAGGGUUCAGGAAAGAUGCCUUUUUUGUAGGAGAAUCUGUUUGUUUUAGGUCAGUCCAGCUGAUCUGUCAGCCUGCUGAAUGACCACUCAGCUAGCGCCAGCGUCAGCCGUCAUUCGACCAGGAUGCACUGUGUGCUGGUGUCAGCAGAAGGAAAAGAGCAACUCAAAGCCUUGAGACACUUUGGCUAGGAGGAGUCUAUACAAUUAAACUAGUAUAACUUAAGGUGGAACUGGUCUAGAUUACUGUCCCAGCACCUUUAGUCUUAGUAUCACCCCUUACACUCUGCUUCCAAACACCUACUGUAUAUCGCUGUCUUUACUGUAAAGAUAUGAAGAAAAGUAUGAUUCAUGUAACUAUUGCAUACUGUGUAGAAUCCAUGCAAUGCAAUCUAGCAGGAGCUGGACUUAAAAAUGAAAAUCAGGGACUUGAAGUCAAAUGACAAUGACAUUUUAAGCGUUCAAAAGUGUUCUGAGUGUAAUUUUUCUGUAUAAGCUGUCGUAGCAAAAGAACACAUUGCUCUUCAUAUUGUUUAAAAUUGUAGUGAAAAUAGUGUUUUAGACCGCUGGUCGAUCUUACAUCGAUGUGUAAAUAGUUGUUGAAAAAAGUAAGGAGGGAUAUUAUAUUAAUUGUAUCUACCCAAACCAAAGUUGAGCUUGAACACAAAGUCUGGUUGUGUCUGUAUCAACUAAAAAAGGAACAUAGAAGAAAUGCCAUUUAUUUAACUGCCUUGAUUCAACGUUAGAAGCCAUAUAUUUGGUUUGUGUGUAUGUAUAUAUGUGGGUGUAAGUUUGUGUGCGUGAGUUUGUUGGUACGUUUUGGUUCUAUUUUCAGAGAAUGGACUCACACACUACACUUUGUCAAGCGCAAUUGGUUUGACAUGCUGACGGUGGCACUGACCUAUUUCCAUGAAACAUCUGGGAGGCGGUCAGCUGUUUGGUCAGCGCACUGAUUGUAACCCUGAAUGCAAAGGUGGUUAAAUAAUCUGAGCUUUAUCGAAGGUAACAUUUGUGAACAACCCAUACUGUAUACUUGCUUGUUUUUGUCUAGGUUUAUUGAUUAACACAUGCAAUAUAAUUCUGCAAUACUCUACCCCGCCUAUAUAUAAAUAUAUAUGAAUAUAAAUAUCAAUACAUAUGCUGUACAGGAACAAUUUCCUUUGUUUUCUUUUUAAUGUGAACUCUUAAAGAAUCCAGCAGCUAUUGUGGCUUCACUUGAAGUAUUGUAAUCCAGUGACCAUGUUGUUACCUUAACCAAAAAUGUUUGAAGGGAAUGAGAGGACGUGCAGUUUCAUUUUUGUAUAGACGGGACAAACUGCCCAAAACUGGUUUAGAGUCACAGGAGGAAUCCUCAAAAAUGUCACUUUAAUCUCAUUUGAAGAUAUUAAAUUGUAAAAUGACUGGGGGUGGGCAAUAUGGGGCAUUAACGCCUCACUUGUAAAAACUCUUUGCUCCAUAUCAAAGUCUCUAUGUGCCCCAUAUCAGCCGAAACUCCCACGAAUGUCACAACAAUUCGAUCUUAAACAAACCUAUUGCUCAAAUUACAGGAUUGCGUUGAGGCUUGGUUUUAUUUGUUCAAAAUAUUCUGAUCCUGUUGAACUUAAAAGCCUUCUCUCGCUGAAUGUAUGCCAUAAGAGAAGGAAGACAGCUAAUCAGAUAUAAACUGCCAUGUAAAUAAAGGGAAAGACAUCUAAAGAGGCUUUUAUGAUGCCAAGGGGUUGUGGGCAUUGCUAUAUGUGCUGCUGAGUGUCUUUGCAAUCUUUUUUGGGUUUGAUGAUGCUUCUCUGGGCAGAAAGUUGUUGUAUUUAACCUGUAUGUUACCCCCCCUCACACACCCAAUCCAAUCCCCACAUCUGCAUAAGAAUAUCAAUUGUUUUUAAUGUAUUGAGGUGGACGUGAACGAGAGCGAGUUGUAACCACUUUGAACUCCUCGGUCCAGAACGAGCACUGAGGACAUUUAGUUAAGCACCUGCUGUUGCACUUCAACCUUGUAAUCAAAAUGAAAAUCGAUUGCUCUAUUCUUUUUAAAACGGGUGCAGUACUUCCCCGGGACCCAUUAUCUGGUUAAACUGUAAAGGACGAAAAGUGAAUCUAAUUGGGAAAGAAAACAGGCAGCUGUAUCAAUGUGCUAAACAAACAUUGUGUUCAACUUUUCCAGCUCCGAGCAUCGACCCCUAGCCAAACUGUGAAAUCAAUGCAAUGGACAUUUCACUCAGGUUAGCUACCUUUCCAGAGGGAUGUAUUGAUUGCCGCAGCAUGGCUCUCUAUUGAUUUAUGUAGACUUAUCCAUCCUCCCAUAAUCAACUUGUUGAUUUAACCGUGCCGAAAGAUUCCCCUUGAAUUUUGAUUGCCGGAGAAACACAUGGGUCUAUUGAAUGGAGGCAGAUUGUUAUUAACAAAACUCGCUGCCGUCUAGUUUGAUCCCUUGAGAGCUAUUUAAAUCUUUAGACAAGGUGUAAGUGAUUGUUUUUAUCCAAGGGCUUUAUAAUAUUGCUUGUAAACCCUGGAUCAUUGUCAUUAUGGAGCAUCUACAUUUCCACUUUCCAUUUGAUCAGUAACAUGCACUAAACCUGGUUCAUUGCCAUUCUUGGGUCACAGUGCUGAAGCCCGAUCCAUCAGCAAAGCGGGAACUGUGUAUAUUUCAUUUCAAACCUUUAUUUAUGCAGGUGAAUCCCAUUGAGGUCAUUGCUCUCUUUUUCAAGGGUGACCUGCUGAUAUAUUUUUUCCUAUGGGAAAGGUUCAUGCCAAAAUGCCAAUAAGAUUGUGAAUGAAUCACGUCCAUUUGAGUCAAUAGCUGUUGUGUGCUUCAAUACUGUUCCAGUGCAAUCAAUUGGUCCUCUUCCCUGUUCCUUUGUGCUAAUACCAGAGUUUGCCCUAUUAAGCUGCUAUCAGGACUGUGCUGAUAUGAUGUGAAUGAGUCCACAGUCAGUGAGAGCAAGAUGGGAGGAGAGUUAAAGAGCUAAUGUUUCAGGCAAUAUCAGGCACCGUCUCUGUUUCAUUGCGUCCAUCAAGUAAGAUACUGUAGUGUGUAAUUCACUCCCACUCAAAGGACGGCAUCCCAGACUCACUUUGAUCAGUACCACUCAGUUUCAACCCGCAGCCAUGAGGCUGAUACAGCCCGGGCCAAGCACAUACUUCUGUCAGUUAUCUGUUGUGUGUCUGUGUCACAAGUGUGUUCAGUCAGUCUGCUUCCAGCCACCGUCAAUGUGAUAUAGCGCUGUAUCUGCCUGAUGACGGGGGGGUUCAAAGUGCGAUUGUUUUAAUGGCUCUUCUACUGGAACUUGCUGUGAAGUGGGAUUGAAAUCCCUCAUACAUGUUUGACACUGACUGACAAUUAUUGAGAGUAUCUAAGUUUCGAACCUCUCAUUCUUGCUGUACCAGAUAUUAAGGGUACUGAAUGCCUUGGUGUUGAUAUGUUAGCAAAUCAGGGUAUUCUUUUUGUUGUACUGUAUUUGAUUUAUCAGUACAUUUGGUUUUAUUGUUGUUUUUGAAAUGUGCCCCAUGCACAUGGACUGUAUAUACCUUGUGCCUAGUAUAUCUAGUUUCCACAUAGUCUAUUUUUGUGGUAUGUAUGUGCCUGUAAAAAUGCAAAUAUCUGUUUUUAUUUUCAACUUGCAAUAUAUGUAAAAAAAAACUAAAACAAAAAAACACAUUAGAUGCAGACUAGUAUUCCUGAAUUUAAAUGACAAUGUCAGUAUAUAUAAUUUUCCCCUGAUUUGGGAAACACAAAAUUGCACAUUUUUGUUGGUUUGAGCCUUCCAACACCAUGCGCGCUGUACUCUGUACAUUCAUGUUCUGUACAUAUGGUAUACACACAGAUGUGGGGCACAUUGUCGUGUUUACCGCAACCUGCUGUAUAAGAAACAUUUUCUACAGUGAGAGGGUGAGCUCUGACAGGCUUCUGGUGGAUAUCGGCAGUCUGGAUGUUAGCUUAGACGACCUUCUUAGUGCACAGAGCUAAACGCAAGAAAGAAAAUAACUAAUGAAACUGUGGAGACGACUGCACAAUAUAAAUACAGGAAUAAAACUAGACUGCUGGAACAUCUUUCCCAAACCAUAGUGUUGCACAGGUCGUUGAACUAUAUGCUAGUUGAACAUGGAUCUGGUUUGCCAUUAAAAAAAUAAAAUAUCUCUCUAAGGCUGAAUUUGGCUCACGAGCCACAGCAGUCACAAGCUCGACGCCAGGGUUGAGUUACCUUGACAGAUAACAGCAGAGUGCAUGCUUGUAUUGUUAUUAUCUACGCAGAGUUCUGUGUACGAUUCUUAGUGGGACCUUCUACCUAGACAUUGUUGUGAACCAACUACUGUACAAUGAUUUUAUUUAGUCUAACAGUUAAACCUUUGUGUCGUAGCUACUGUAGCCUACUUAGCUUACCUAAGCCUUCUCUCUGCUUCAGGACUCUGUGUAUUGUGUGCUUGAGUUUGUUUGUGUGUGCGUGUGUGUUCCUGUGCCUUUCCUUCUAUAAUGUUGGUCCCACUUGAGAAUAUGAUGCCAUUUAGGGGUUUAAAACCCAUGUGAAGCUGAGAGAGACGCCAGCACAAGCUGGAAAAGUGUUACAUGGUAACGACACACUAAAAAACAACACUGUAAUGCUCCUAUAAAAGACUCCAGCACAUCCCUAGACUUAUUCCACAGCCUGCCCGAGCAGCUCAGUGUGGGCAUCCAUACACACUUUACCAGCACCAUGUAGACAACAGCACAGAUAUCUGACACAGCGUGUGUCUCUCUUUCUCUCUGGAGGCCAAUCUGCAACAGUCUCAGGCUGUGCUCUGCUUCUGCUCUUAACAACAAGUUUUAAGUAUUUCAGAACUCCAGCUCUGUCUAAGUUGAUGUCUACAGUCCAGGGACAAAUCAGCCCCCAGCCCGGGCCGCAGCACUUCCAAAUCGAUCUCAAAGGAUCAGGGGGAUACUUGUGAUGCUGGCGAUAUUUGUUGCCGUCCAGUCCUUUCAGACUGAGAUGCACAGCUGGUGGCGAUGGGAGUGGGGGGGCUGAUUUGGGCCUGCGUCCAAAAGGCUGUCUUGUCCACCACCUCUGAUGGCCAAGAAUACAGAGCCACACCCUGGUCUCUCUCAAUAAGCUGGUCUGUCAGUCAGUGGCAAUGUCGUUUAAGCGUUCGUAAAAAGACGAUACAUUGUUGUGCAAUAAAAAGAUGAGCGCAUUGGCAUACUAA